AUGUUGGCACAAAAUAAGUUUCUUUCUAAGCAACUUGAGAUCUUAACAGAAACAAUUGGUAAGUUGCCAACUAAAUUGUCUACUGGUCAACCUUCACAGUCUUCUAUUUUGCAGGUUAUAGGUUGUACCAUUUGUGGUGGUGCUCAUGAAUCCGACCAUUGUAUUCCUUUUGAAGAACAAACACAGGAAGUCAGUUACAUAGGAAAUCAACAAAGGCAAGGAUACAACCAAGGAGGAUUCUUAGGUUUCCAGCAAGGUCCCUACAAUCAGCAAGGACAAUGGGGAUCACACCCUGGUAAUCAAUUCAAUAAGGACCAGGGUGGAUCUUCCAACAGGCCGCCUCAACAAGGGCCUAACAUCUUCCAGAGGACUACCAAAAUGGAAGAAACCCUGGCUCAAUUCAUGCAAGUGACCAUGUCCAACCAUAAGAGUACUGAGUCAGCCUUGAAAAACCUUGAGAUUCAGGUGGGUCAACUAGCCAAGCAGUUAGCUGAAAAGUCAUCCAACAGCUUUGGGGAAAAUACAAAGAAGAAUCCCAAAGAAGAAUGUAAAGUUGUUGUAACAAAAAGCAGGAAUCUUAUGGCGGCUGAGGAUGAGGAUGUUGGUGCCUUAAAGGAGCAAGUUCCUUUAAAGGACACUACUGUUAAAAAGAAGAAUGAGGAGAAUAUCGUUGUGGAAGGCAACUAUAGUGUUAUGAUACAGAAGAUCCUUCCACCAAAACACAAGGACCCUGGAAGUGUGACAAUUCCUUUUUCAAUAGGUGAAGUCACAGUGGGAAAGGCUUUCAUUUACUUGGGAGCCAGUAUCAACUUAAUGCCACUCUCCAUGUGUAGAAGGUUGGGAGAGUUGGAAAUCAUGCCCACCAGAAUGACUUUACAGCUUGCUGAUCGAUCCAUCACAAGGCCUUACAGGGUAAUUGAAGAUGUUCUUAUAAGAGUUAAGCAGAUGGUCUUUCCAGUUGACUUCAUGGUGAUGGAUGUGGAGGAAGACCAUGAGGUUCCCAUUAUUUUGGGACGACCCUUUAUGUUAACUGCAAGUUGUGUAGUUGACAUGGGCAGAAAGACAUUGGAAAUGGGUUUUGAAGAUCAGAAGAUCAAUUUUGAUAUAUUUGAAGAAGACAAGCCUAUGUGA